ACCUGACGUUGAAAAUCGAGUCAAAGUGUGUCAUCGCUGGCAGAGGUCGCAAGGUGUCGCUUCUGCAAUGAAACUGUGCAACGUCUCUUUGCGCUGUUUUCUUGCGCUUAUUCUCCUCGGGAUCUUGUUUAUAAUUGGAUACUCCCUUCGAGGUGCAUAUCCAGGCCACUUCAUUUCUGCUUCUUUGCCUCUGCGAUAUGGGGGACUUCGAGGCACGAUUCAAGGCACAUUCAUGGGCUUACUUUAUGGCGAAGAGGAAGAAAACGAGUGGAAAGCGAUGCCAGACGAACGAAACGGCCAACUCCCGCAAGAGCGCUGGCCUGAGUUGAACCUCAGCAUGCCGACUGCGUCCUUGUGGCCAUCAGAUCCUGCCUGCUCCAUGUACAAUGUUUCCUUUGCUCGUAAUCACCCAGAAACAUUCCUGGUUUCGUUCCCACGAUCUGGCAACAGCUGGAUGCGCUACCUGACGGAGGGGGCGUCGGGCGUGGCCACGGCGGCCGUCUAUUCAAGCGAAAAACUCUACCACUUUGAGAUGCAAAGUGACCUGAAGAAACUGAGAGGGAAGAUCAUUCUCACGAAAACCCAUAUCAGCAGUAGACUUGCAGUACCAGACCAGGCCCCAGUUAUAUUACUGCUGAGGAAUCCUGCUAAGUCCAUAGUUUCCUAUUACAAUUAUGUAAGCAGCCCUGGGGGUAAAAGGUGGAUUUACAAUGUAAGCUACAAAUCCUAUUUUAAACAGAGUUUUGUCAGGUUUGCAAACCGUCAACUUCCUGCAUGGAAAAAGCUGGCCAGGAACCGCCUCCUGUACUCCCGGCGGAUUCUGGUGAUCCCUUACGAGGAGCUGAGAGAGGACCCGAUCGCGCAGGUGCGGAGGGCGCUCGCGUUCUUGGGCGUUCCGGCGGAUGAGGCUCGCCUGGCCUGUCUCCAGAACCACCUGAAGGGGCCAGCCAUGGGAUUGCAGAGACAGGUCGACCCAUACUCACCUGAGCAGAAAAUGGCGAUAAAGAAGGCCAUAGCAAAUGUAUCUGACCUUCUUCAGAAACGGAACUUCCCUCCUCUGCCGGCCUAUAACUAGUUAAUCUCCCGAUUAUUGAAAGAUGUAGAUACACACAUUUACCUUUUACACACACACACAUACAGAUAUACUCUCACACACACACACACACACACACACACACACACACACACACACACACACACACACACACACACACACACACACACACACACACACACACACACACACACACAAAUAUAGGGACAACUUGCUACGUGAAGCUAAAACAUAAUUUACUGAGGUUUUACUUCGGCCUAAAGCUAAAAUUUGAUAUGAAAAGUAACACAGACAAGGCGUCAACAAGCUGGGGUGUAGUAGAGAGUGAUACUACCAAAGCUUAACUUCCUACUGUGUAAAACAUAAGACCAAAACAGUGUCAAUCUGAAAAAAACACUGCUUAUAUUUUGUUACGGCUGUAGAUCAAAUGAAAAAAUAAAGUAUAUAGUUGUGUACAUGGAUGUAGUUCCAGAAAUCUAAAGAUAUAUUGUGUAUAAUCA